AUGUUCUUCACUGUGAGGACAAGGUUCUCUCACACUGAGGACAAGGUUCCUCACUCUGAGGACAAGGUUCCUCACACUGAGGACAAGGUUGCUCACUCUCAGGACAAGGUUCCUCACUCCGAGGACAAGGGUCUUCACACUGAGGACAAGGUUACUCACUCUGAGGACAAGGUUCCUCGCUAUGAGGACAACUUUCCUCACUCAGAGGACAAGGUUCCUCGCUAUGAGGACAACGUUCCUCACUCUGAGGACAAGGUUCCUCACACUAAAGACAAGGUUCCUCACUCUGCAAAAAAGGUUCCUCACUCUGAGGACAAGGUUUCUCACUCUGAGGACAAGGUUCCUCACUCUGCAGUCAAGUUCCUCACUCGGAGGAAAAAAAAGUCCUCACUCUGAGGACAAGGUUCUUCACACUGAGGACAAGGUUCCGCACUCUGAGAAGAAGGUUCAUGACUCUGAUUACAAGGUUCCUCAGUCUGAGGACAAGGCUCCUCACUCUGAGGAAAAGGUUCCUCACACUGAGGACAAGGCUCCUCACUCUGAGGACCAGGUUCCGCACUCUGAAGGCAAGUUGCGCACACUGAGGCCAAGUUUCCCGGUUCUGAGGACAGGUUUCCUCACUCUGAGGACAAGGUUCCUCACACUGAGGACAAGGUUCCUCACUCUGGGGAUAAGGUUCCUCGCUCUGAGGAAAAUGUUCCUCACACUGAGGACAAGGCUCCUCACUCUGAGGACAAGGUUCCUCGCUCGGAGGAGAAGGUUCAUCACUCUGAGGACAAGGUUCCUCACUCUGAGGACAAGGUGCUUCGCACUGAGGACAAGGUUCCUCACAAUGAGAAGAAGGUUCCUCAUUAUGAGGACAAGGUUCCUCACUCUGAGGACAAGGUUCCUCACGCUGAGGACAAGGUUCCUCACACUAAAGAAAAGGUUCCUCACUCUGCAAACAAGGUUCCUCACUCUGAGGACAAGGUUUCUCACUCUGAGGACAAGGUUCCUCACUCUGCAGUCAAGUUCCUCACUCGGAGGACAAAGUUCCUCACUCUGAGGACAAGGUUCUUCACACUGAGGACAAGGUUCCGCACUCUGAGAAGAAGGUUCAUGACUCUGAUUACAAGGUUCCUCAGUCUGAGGACAAGGUUCCUCACUCUGAGGAAAAGGUUCGUCACUCUGAGGAAAAGGUUCCUCACACUGAGGACAAGGCUCCUCACUCUGAGGACCAGGUUCCGCACUCUGAAGGCAAGUUGCUCACACUGAGGACACGUUUCCUGGUUCUGAGGACAGGUUUACUCACUCUGAGGACAAGGUUCCUCACACUGAGGACAAGGUUCCUCACUCUGGGGAUAAGGUUCCUCGCUCUGAGAAAAAUGUUUCUCACACUGAGGACAAGGCUCCUCACUCUGAGGACAAGGUUCCGCGCUCGGAGGAGAAGGUUCAUCACUCUGAGGACAAGGUUCCUCACUCUGAGGACAAGGUGCUUCACACUGAGGACAAGGUUCCUCACAUUGAGAAGAAGGUUCCUCAUUAUGAGGACAAGGUUCCUCACUCUGAGGACAAGGUUCCUCACGCUGAGGACAAGGUUCCUCACUCUGAGGACAAGGUUCUUCACACUGAGGAUAAUGUUCCUCAAACUGAGGACAAGGUUCCUCACUCUGACAACAAGGUUCUUCACACUGAGGACAAUGUUCCUCACUCUGAGAACAAGUUUCCUCACUCUGAGAACAAGGGUUCUUCACACUGA